CAUUGUAACGGAUCGCAGGUCACGGACGCUUGGAUUAACGGUACUAUUGCCCUCAGUGUUAUCUGUGUGUGAGUGUGCGUGAGUGUGACCGGUUAACAAAAAAAAAUAUAAAUCAAACAACACCACCCACUAAAACCCCCCAAAAAACGCCACUCGUGCAUGAGUGGGUUUGCAAAGUGCAUUAGUGUAACAGUUGAGAAUUCAAAAAAUCAACUUUCGAAAUGAUAUCAAACGAAAUAUGAUCGAGAACAGCUGAUAAACAGCCUUCAAAACAGAAUUAAAACAAAGUGAUCUAGAAGAAAGUGUUUUACUUAAUUGCUCAUUUAGGAAGGAAGGAAGAUCAUAACCUCUUAAAAAAGACACAAAAAUUAUCAAACCGAUCAGGAAGCCAUUGGAAACAAAAAUCAGACAGAAACCAACAACCAUCAUGUUUGGCCCACUCAAUUUGCUGGCCGCUCUGUUUUUCAUCGGCACACUGAAAGAUUUCAGCGUUGCGGGCCUGAAACUGACCGAGGUUCGCAUACCGAAGUACGUGGUUAAGGACUCCCCGGCUCAGUUGGAGUGUCUGUACGAUCUGGACGGCGAGGCACUCUACUCCGUGAAAUGGUACAAGGAUGGCAACGAGUUCUACCGCUAUGUGCCGCGGGACAUGCCACCUGCCCAGACCUUUUUAUUGCCUGGUGUUAUCGUGGAUUUGCACAACUCGAGCGACGCGACUGUUACGCUGCGCAACGUCAAUCUGCAGUCGACGGGCCGCUUCCGGUGCGAGGUUUCUGGCGAGGCGCCCUCCUUCCAAACGGUCACCGAGCACGGCGACAUGAUUGUUGUGUUUCUUCCGGACCAAGGAUCGCCAAAAAUCAGUGGUGGACGACCACGUUACCAGGUCGGGGAUUAUGUAAAGGUUAAUUGCACCUCUGGACGGUCGAAGCCCGCUGUCGAACUAUCGUGGCAAGUGAAUGGAGAGCCCGCUGACAAGCAGAAACUUCGCAAAUAUAACACCAUCGUUGAGGGACGGGAUGGUCUGGAGACCUCUGUACUGGGCCUACAAUUUCGGGUGGAGCAAAGACACUUCCGCAAUGGCGACAUGAAACUUAAGUGCAUAGCCGAGUUGUCGUCCUUGUACUGGCGGAGCAACGAGGAGUCCGUGGAGGGCGACCGGCCGCAGAAGGCGCCAGCGCUCGAGUCGCGGGAAACGGCCUACGCCAGCAACUCGCGCGCCGAUCCCGUCCAAGGUACGUCUUACCGGGAAUUAUUUGUGACCAAAAUCUUAUCGCUCUUCUUCGUCCAACCAAACGCAGCCGGUUCGACGGCACCGCCCUCCUCCACACCACCCGCGCCCCUCCUCCUGCUCGUGGUGUCGCUGGCGGUGGUGGGCGCUGUGGCAACCCUGGCGCAGGGGAUCGCCCAGGACAUAGAUGUAUUUAAGAUACCGAUGGAUCGUACAGCCACCGGUGGAAUGGCGAAAGGAGAUCCGGAGGCGAGAGAGUUGCUGGCUGGCCGCGAGGAGGAAAAGCGCAGUGCGAGACCCGGAAAAUCCGAGGCGCAGCUGGGGAAAAUUUCAUUAAGUGCACGGUAGCUGCAUUAAGAAACACGGCGGCUGUUUCCCUCCACAGCACACACACUUUUCACCGAUUUUUCCGUCUUCGCUUUGCAUAGAAAAACAAACAAAAAAACUCACUGAAAAUCAAAAAUAAGAAAAUGAAAAAAAAUAUAUGAAAAAUCAAGCAACACAAAAGAAAUGCAGCUAAUUUGUUUAUGCCGUUAACAAAAGCUUUCAUCCAUUUAAUUUUUAACAAAAACUAUCUAGGGCAUAAAUAACAAUUACUCAAAACUUUAAUGUGUGCGAACGAGAAAAAUUGUUUGUGGUAAAGCGUGCAAAUGUUUUAACUCUCUACGAAAGAGUUAAGAUCCAUGUCGAAAAAAAAACAAACUGUAAAUAGUUAAUGUUUAAUAUAUAUAUUUAUGUAACUGUAUUGUAUGUUAAUAAUUGUUAAGCUCACCCACACACAAAACAGAAUUUAAAUAUCACAGAAUAGAGGAAAAAUGAAUGGGAAAUCCUUUAACAAAAGUUGGUCAAGGCAAAAUACGAGUUUAACAAUAAAAUAAAAAUGCAUAAUUUUAAAUAUGUAGGAAAAAGUAUUUGUAAGGAUGUGUUAGCUAAGUGAAAAAGAGAAUUUAAAGCAAACACUCUGGCUGGAUUUAGUGUGAGCUAUACAGUGCGUGGCAAAAGUAUGGGCGUCCAAAAAAUUAAAUUCUUUAAGAUAUAUAUUUAUCAAUUAUUCCCACAAUAAGCUUGUUAAGAAAAAAAAAUAGUUGCAAAAAUAAUAUAACAAAUCAUGCAUCAGUUAAAUUAAGUUUUCCUCGUAUUAAGCUAAAUAUUUUCUUGCUUAUAAAAAUAAUAUAUUAAAUUAUGGGCUUUAAUACUUUUGUUAAGUACUGUAUAACUUUCACGCAAAUCCAUUAAAACUUAAAUAGGAUUUCUUUUAAUGAAAUUUUGUUGUUCGUUGAGCAUGCAUCAAAUAAUGUAAAAUUGUAAUUAGUUAACUUGAAUAAUAAUACAGAUAAGAAAUCACAUAAAACCAAACCAAAAAAGCACUUAAUUUAAAAUUAAACAAAAAAAAAAUAAGAAAUGGAAAGUGAAAAAAACUAAUCAAAGUUAGGAAUUACAACUUGGUGACUGUUGGAAAAGUCUUAAAACUAACAAAAACAUAUCGUACAUUUAUAUGAAUUGCCAAAGUCUAAUGGGUGUUAACUAAAAGCGAGUGAGUGCUUCUGUGUGUGUUUGAUCCUUCCUGAAAAAACUAAUAACAUUCCGGGUUCGACUUAGCCAACAUCCAGAAAAAAUGAAAACCGUUUAGUUAGCCAAAUGUUAAAAACAAUAGCAAAGAUCAAAAGAGCAUGGGUAAUGAAAACAAAUUUAAACAAUAGCAAAAUGAUUGUGAUGAAGCCUUAAUAACAAAUUUGAACUCAAUUCAGAAGUGAAAUUAAGUUAAAUGAAACAAAUCAAGUGAAAUGAAAUGGAUUUUAUUGUGUAAAUAGAAAUGCGCUUUGUCCAUGGAUUCCAUGCUGUUUUCCCAUUGAUGUCCAUAAAUUCUGUGUGUAAAUAUGAUUAUGAGCUAACUAAAUUAAAGUUAAGAUGUCAGCAACAGCAGAAAAACAAAAAUCACAGAAACGAAACAAAACAAAACAAAAGCAAGAGCCAAUUUUAAUGAUAAGAGAAAAGCAAAUGAAAAAAAUAUUAAUUAUACAUUUAAUUAUCGAUGAGCGGACAUUCAAAUGCUAAUUGAGUAUAAUUGUGAGCGCCUGAGUGUGUGAGUGCUUGUGCGAAUGAAAAAUUAAGCAUUGAUAAAAAAAUACACACACAUAUAUAAAUUUGCAUUGUUGUCAACUGUAACUGUUUUUUAAGUCUUAUUUAAUAUCGACGCCAUUAACUGCAAUUAACAGAAAAAUAACUAAAACAAAAACUUAAAAACAAUGCAAAAGUACUAAAAAAAACUAUAAAUUGAAUUACCGUUAAUUCGAAAAACAAAACAUAAAUGUGUGGUAAUUUUAAGUGUAAAUUAUUUGUGUAUUUAAAUAACAACUUUUAGAUGUAUAAAAAAGGCAAAAAAAAAAUAAAAAGCUAAAUGCAUUCGAAUCUAUACGAUAAACUCUAUGUGAAACCGUAAACAAUUCAAACCUAAAAGCUGCCACGUAAGCAAAUAGGAAUUAUUUACAACUCAACUCAAAUCAAAUGCCAUAAAGUAACUUCAACUGAAUUUAAAUGCCGGACGAAGUGGAGAAGUCUCUGUAAAUAUUUUUAAGCCUCAUUCAAUGUGCGAACCUUAUUCGCAGACGAUCCAAAAACCGAACGAAGAAUUGUGAAGUACACGAGUGGAAAUUCAUUAAUAAAACAUAUUUGUUUCAAAAUCAAA